GAAAGCGGGGAGAAGGGUGGCUCGGGAGGCGGAGGAUCUUGGAGGCAGGCAAGGCAGAGCAGAGCGCCCCAGAGCAACGCCGUGCCGGUUUACUCGGGAGUAACGGCGCGCUGUGUGCAAUGGGGCUGUCAUGCCAGGCUGCAGGCUGCAAUCGCGUGGCGGCGCGCACCCCGCGCUGGGAAGAAGAAUCCGCUGCGAGGGCUCUUCCUCCCGAGUAGACGGUGCAGAGCAGGAUGGAGGGCGGGAAAGGAAGGAGCAACGGGGGGCUGAAGCAAGCCGGCGAGGGAGGGAAGCGGAGACGCGGAGGCUGCGGGAAGACGACGACGACGACGACGGGGCUCAUGGUUCAGGGCGCCUCCUCCUCCUCCUCCUCCUCCCUGGGCUGCGGGACCGCCAGGAGAGAUGCUGCUGCUGCCUCCUCCGUCGUCUCCUCGGCGGCUGCUGUGCCCGCACCACGUGCCCCGCAGUUGCCGCAGUCCCCGGAGGCUGGCGGCGGCGGCUGCUGCUGCUGCUGCUGGAGAAGAGAUUGCUUCCACCACCCCCACGCUGCCUGCACAGAGGGAGGAAAGAUGAAGUCCACCCUCCACAUUGUACUGCUGGUGACAGUGCUCCAGCUUGCCUGCUGCCAGAAUAUCAGGUCACUGACCGCGUGCCUGAGCGGACAGAGCCUUCGCUUGGAUUGUGCCUACGAACGGAAGACGAGAGAAAACCCCCUGCUGUAUGAAUUCCGCUUGAGCAAAGACAACCGAGAGAGGCGUGUGGUUGCUAGCACCAUCACUGUCCCCGACCAGAUAUACAAGGGCCGUGCCAACGUCACCACCGACAUCAGCAACCUGGUAAGACUCCAUCUCAACGCCUUCAGCAGCGCCGAUGAAGGCAACUACGCCUGUCAGCUGAAGAUCACCAACGACUAUACGGACAGACAGACCAAAAACAUCUCUGUGAUCAAAGACCAGCUGGAGAGGUGUGCUGGCAUCAGCCUCCUGAUCCAAAACACCUCCUGGCUGCUUCUCCUCCUCCUCUCGCUGCCUCUCCUGCAAGCCGUGGACGCCGGCGUCUCCCUGUGAAGAAAGCGGCCGCAGCAAGGCAAGCCGGGACCCGGGAGAGAGAGCUCCAACUCGCACACAACCCUACAUCCACCCCAAGACCGUGGCCCUUCUUCGGUGGGGGAGAGAAGCGGCCCACCUGGACAAUGAAUGACGCGCAACUCAACCCUGAUUGUAUCCCCCCGUAUUAUCUCUAUUUAUCUCUCUCUGUAUAGCCGCCUAGCUCACCCAAGCGACUGAUUUGCGCUAACCGCUGACAUCACGCCGCCACAUGCAAGCAACGCAUCGCGGGGAGGGGGGGUGGCCGUGGAGGGCGGGGGACCCUCAGCGCACCACCACGAAGUCCGGGGCACGCAGGGCAAGGGGUUUUUCUUGGCACUGCACUGUUUUUCUUCUUCUUUCCAUUGUAGGCAUUUUGUCGUCAUUGAAGCGGGCCUCUUUGAGCUCAGCAAGCAGGGCUGCUGAACCGGCCCCUAGGGAGAGAGGGGUGCAAUUCUGCCUUCUCUGGCACAGGCUGGCUAAACUGCUUGUCACCCCUGGCCAGGAGAAUCCGCCUUUAGACCACCCGGCAGGAUCGCUCCAAGAAAGCUUGGUGGGUGUUUCCCCCUCCCCCUGUUUUCCGCCUCCAGUGUCUAACAUGCUGCCCAAGCCAUUGUGGAGGGCACCAGAUGUUCUGAAAGAAGCCAGAUUCUUGCCAUGGGGAAGAAAUAUUUCCUGCUAGCCAUUGAUGGUGGGGAAGGGGCCCUGCCACAACCCCUCCCCUGAAAUAUGCAAGCCCUCCCCUCCAUUUUCAGGUUUCAUCUCUUUGAAAAAUUGGCCCUUUCCCCCCUGUAGAGAUGCAAGAAGGAAGAAAAACCCAUGUAGGUAGCUGCCCCAGUGCUCAGCCAGACGCACGUCUUCCUGCCCCCCUUUCUUCCAAAAAGUGCAAAGGCAUUGGGGUGAUUGGCCAGCACCUGGGUACUUUUUAUUUUAAUGCCUUAGAUCGGGGGUGCCUAGUCAGAGAUGAUGGGGAUCGUAGUUUAAAAGCAGCUGUCUUAGAUGCAACUAACUAAACGUCUUAGGUGACUGGAAUGUAGGCAUGGAGAGCCGGCCUUGCGGUAGCCAGCAUGAAAACCCCUUUGCUAAGCAGGGUUUGCCUUGGUUUGAAUUUGGAUGGGUGACUGCAUGUGAGCACUGUGAGAUAUUCCCUGUAGGGGAUACGGUCAUAGCUCAGCAGAAGAGCAUCUGUCUUGCAUGCAGAAGGUCCCACGUUCAAUCCCGGGCAGCAUCUCCAGGUAGGGCUGGGGACGACUCCUGCCUAAAACCCUGAAGAGCUGCUGCCAGUCAGUGUAGACAGUGCUGAGCUAGAUCAACCAGUGGUCUGACUCUGCAUAAGGCAGCUUCCUAUGCUCCUAAUUAGAUGGCUUGCAAGACCCUUGAACUCACGAGUCACUCUGCUGCCAUUUUGGCACCGGGCCUUUGAAUUUCCUUUUGUCUUCCCAGAAAAAAGCUAACUACUGAGAAAGUGUUCUUGUGGCCCUGUUAAAGAAAGGGCUGUACAGAUUCCAUCUCAAUGAGCUACUCUCCCAGAUUGCCUGCAGCAGUGAGAAUCCCCUCCAGAGGAUCAGGAGGGGAAGUUUUUUUCCAAAAGUUGGCUUUUGCAAAAAUUCUGUUUGUUUUUUAAGACCCCAGAAUUGAGGAUGCAGCAUGAAAGUUGUUAAAAGUAUUUAUUUCUUGCGAUGCCAUUUAAGCUGAGCAAGAGGAAAUCUGUAUGUUGCAUGCACAUUUCAUGGGUUUUCAAAUAAAGUGUGGGGGGGGGUUGGUUGUUUUUUUACAGGGGGUGCUAACUGAGAACAAUCCAUUUGUACUGAGCUGUGUAAAAUAGGUUUAUAAGUGGAGGACAACUCAAAAAGAAGGUGAUGAACUCUCACAAAUUGUUCUCAGCAGCGUAAAGAAGAAAUGGGAGGAGAGAGCUUAAAAACUAGCUUCUGGAGAGCAAAAUAGGAUUGUGACCUAGGAAACCGUGAGAAGUGAUUCAUGGGGAAAGUUGGUUGUGGUUAUCAAGUGGACUCCUGUUCCACUGGCAAAACAAGAGGGAACUGGCAUGUUAAUGGUCCACCUUUAAGAACAAGAAAGACCUGUGUGAUCCCUACAGCUCUGGCCACUGAUAAAUAAGCAGAAGCCAAAGAAGGUGAAAUAUGACCGAGGAGCUAUAUUGGGUUCUUCUUGAGGACAUUUUGGGGUGCCACCUCUCCUGCCUUGCAGGCUCUCUCUCGGCCAAUGUUGUUGAGAGAUGCAUACCCCGUCGCCUGCUCUAGCUUCUUAGCUCUUCCAAGCAGAUGACAGCGUGCCAAGCCUUUUCCGCUUUGUUUCUGCCCCCCCAGAUCUUACUGCUCAGGUACCGCUGACUUUAUAUUCAUUUCGUGCCCAGCCAGACUUGAUUUUUACGCAAAAGGCAACACAAAGGAUUGGGAAUGAGAAGGGGAGCAGGCAGGGCCCAGCCAGCAAACGCUGCUCUUUGUCCUCAGCUUGUUUUGUGAACAUUUGUAGAGUGUUUUCCACAGCUUGUUGUAAAAGAACAUUCUGUUUGAACGACAAAAGAAUCAAAACCUGUCUGUACACAAUAAAUCUUUAGAUUGUUGAA